CCCAGGAGGCGGGUUCGCGGCAGCUGUUCCUAAGCCAAAGCGAGAAGACCUUACUGCGCACGCGCAGUAGACAGCCGAAGGAGCCACCGAUGGAGCCGUCCGGAGGGCAGCAAGAGCUGGGAGCCGUCAGGCUCCUGGACCUGCCUUGGGAAGACGUGCUGCUCCCACACGUCCUGAGCCGGGUUCCGCUGUGCCAGCUGCUCCGGCUGCAGCGCGUCAGCCGCGCCUUUCGGGCCCUAGUGCAGCUGCACCUGGCGGGGCUGCGCCGCUUCGACGCCGCUCAGGUGGGUCGCAGAUACGCGGCCGCAUUGGCCUGGCUGCUGCGGGACGCCGAGAGGCUGCAGGAGCUGGCGCUGGCGCCGUGUCACGAAUGGUUGUCGGACGAGGAUCUGGUGCCGGUGCUGGCGCGGAAUCCGCAGCUGCGGAGUGUGGCGCUGGCCGGCUGCGGGCAAUUGAGCCGCCGCACGCUGGGGGCGCUGGCCGAGGGCUGCCCCCGGCUGCAGCGCCUAUCGCUGGCACAUUGUGACUGGGUAGACGGGCUGGCGCUGCGGGGUCUCGCCGACCGCUGUCCGGCCCUUGAGGAGCUGGACCUCACCGCCUGCCGUCAGCUCAAGGAUGAGGCCAUCGUGUACCUGGCGCAGAGGCGCGGCGCAGGGCUCCGAAGCCUCUCUCUGGCGGUCAACGCCAAUGUGGGGGACGCUGCCGUCCAGGAGUUGGCUCGAAACUGCCCAGAACUCGAGCACCUCGACCUGACCGGCUGCCUCCGCGUUGGAAGCGACGGUGUCAGGACUUUGGCGGAAUACUGCCCUGCGCUGCGCUCGCUCCGAGUGCGGCACUGCCACCAUGUGGCGGAGCCCAGCCUGAGCCGCCUGCGGAAGCGCGGCGUGGACAUCGACGUGGAACCGCCGCUGCAUCAGGCCCUGGUGCUGCUGCAGGACAUGGCAGGCUUUGCGCCCUUUGUCAACCUGCAGGUCUGACCCACCCACUGAUGAGGCACAGCUGGACUGUGUGUCCGGGCCUGAUAUGAACUGUAGGAAACUGGACUGUGUGGGCCUCUGGUAAGAGGCCAAUGCCCUACCCCACCCUGGAGCUUCAAAUAAAGAGCUUUUUACCCCG